GCUCAGGAGCUGAUCAGGGUAUCUCAGGCUCCCUGUGUCCUGUACAGAAGAGUUUUUGGAAGACUCGCUGAGUUACAGUUGGACCUACAAUUUUACAAAAGUUUAGACUUUCAACUCGUGGGACAAAAGAGAGACAAGCGUCCAGAGGAGACCAUUGAGGUCCAAAUCUUCAUCACCCCCUACCCUCCCUUUUGGCAUGGCAAGCAGCAGCUCAUCAUUACCACUAAUGAAAACCAAAUCUCAGCAGCAGAGAUUGGUCAGCAAGGAUGGGCGGAGUCUUAUGCGCAGUCCUGCCUCCGGUAUACGGGAAACAUGGGUCGGGGCAUUUAAGGACAUGUGGGGGGCGUGGCUUUCUCUGCGUUGGCGUUGGGUCGUUUUGGCAUUUUGUGGUUCCUUCCUUCUCCACUGGCUUCUCUUUGCUGUACUGUGGUAUGUCUUGGCACGUGCCAAUGGUGAUUUGGAUGUUGACCAUGACAACCCACCACCCGGGCAUACGCUAUGCGUCAAAUAUGUCACAGGAUUCACUGCAGCCUUCUCGUUUGCCCUGGAGACCCAGUUGACCAUCGGAUAUGGGACCAUGUACCCUAAUGCAGACUGCCCCACCGCUAUCGCCCUUCUUGCCCUACAGAUGCUGCUGGGGCUCAUGCUUGAGGCCUUCAUCACAGGUGCAUUUGUGGCUAAAUUCUCCCGUCCACAGAAGCGCUGCAGUGGAAUCUUGUUCAGCCCUAAAGCCGUGGUGUGUGAGGUUGAAGAUCAGCGUUGUCUAAUGUUUCGUGUGUGCAACCUGCUCUCAAGGCCGCUGGUUGACGUGUGUGUGAGUGCUGUGCUGUAUGAGGAACAGGUCGACCACACAAUCCGCCAAACCUCCCUGGAUUUCCUGUUGGAUGGCUUGGGCUCGAGGCCCUGCCCCCUCUUCCUUUCACCUUUGACCUUUCUUCACCCCUUGACCCCAGACAGCCCCGUGAAUCGUGCCAUGUCCCCUUCAGGCCAGUCGCAGUUCGAGCUAGUGGUGUUUCUUUCCGCUUCCCAAGAGGGCACUGGAUCCGCCUACCAAAAGAGGACGUCCUACUUGGCUGAUGAGAUCCAAUAUGGCCGCCGUUUCACCAAGGCUGUCCUGCAUGAAGAAUGGCGAAACAGCACUCAGGCCAUGCGCUAUUUCGACACGCACAUAUGCCCACUUAUGGGACCCAACAAUUACAGCAACUCUCGGGACAAGGAGUGUGUGGUACAGGUCAAUGGAGACGGUAACGAUGCAAUGGAAUAGCUGUGUGUGAGUGUUUGUGUGUGUGUGUCCUACAUUUUUCCUCGUCCACUCUGUGCACAUAAAAGUACAUUUCACUUGAGAACAACUUUCAGAUAACUUUUACAUUUUAUUCCAUUAAUGCUAAUCACUACAUAGAAAUUGGUCACAUGCUAAUCACUAGCUAGUACCUGUCUAGUUGUUAAUCACUAGAUAAUAUCUGAUUGGCUUUUAAUAACAUUUCAAAACAUCAUUUGAAAAACAAAUAUUAUUAUUUCACUCAGUAGAGUAAUUCUGUGCUAAUUGAUAGACACAAAAUUGCUAUGAGGAUGCAAAUCAUGCUGGAGUAUGGAAGCAACCAGCAAGCUUAAAUACAAGCUAAAUCCUAUGUAGCCAACCAUUUACAGCUUUUCAUGAUUGUUUUUUCUAAAUAACAAUCACUGUGAUUAUGAUACACUGCAAAACCACUAGCUUUUUAUUUCAACACCACAGUCCAGAGUGAUGCCUCAGAUCUACUCCUGGGCUUCAGCUAAAAACUUUAACAUUUUGUGUUUUCCCUUCUCUGAAAUGCCCAGGUCAACAUUGAAAAUAAGCUCCUUCAUGAAAUCGAGAUUCAGAAUAGAAAAAACUCAUAUCUUUCACCUUCAAGGACUGAAUUUGAACAACAUUGUUCUUCUGAAUCUGAAUCACACCAUCCGGACUUGAAAACAAAGGAACAGCAAGAAACGGGGAUGAACAUUUGUGUGAAGUUUUGAGAAUUAACAAUUAUUAAGUGAUGAUUUUAGAGUACGCUGCUGAUAGCUAAACAAUACUACUGCUUACAGGCUAAUAAAUAAGCAUCAAUGUGCCAGGUGAUUGUGGUACAAAUUAGCAAAACAGCAUUCAAAUAUUAAAGCUUGGAAACAGGCAGACUAGCUAGCCACUUGAGGGAAUGGGAACGCAUUUGUUUGUUUUCUGUGAAAUUUGAACAAAACAUAAGCAACAUAUUUUGUUCUGAGUAAUUAUUUAAAGUCUUCCAAAAAAGAAAUAAGUAUAGACAAUCCAAAAGUAGGGGGGCAUGGUGGCUUAGUGGUUAGCACGUUCGCCUCACACCUCCAGGGUUGGGGGUUCGAUUCCCGCCUCCGCCUUGUGUGUGUGAAGUUUGCAUGUUCUCCCCGUGCCUCGGGGGUUUCCUGCAUGGUAGGUUGAUUGCCAUCUCUGGUAAAUUGCAGUGUGUGAUUGAGUGAAUGGGAGUGUGUGCUUGCCCUGCGAUGGGUUGGCACUCUGUCCAGGGUGUAUCCUGCCUUGAUGCCCGAUGACGCCUGAGAUAGGCACAGGCUCCCCGUAACCCGAGGUAGUUCGGAUAAGCGGUAGAAAAUGAAUGAAUGAAUCCAAAAGUGUUAAUGUACAGAAAUAUUAACAUAUAAGCUAAGAACAUUGUAGUCAAUUCUUUUUAAAAAUCCCAUUUUAUCAAGUGGCAAAGCCUGGAAAGAUUUUUUUUUUGUCACAAGAUAUUUUUAUUUUCCCACAUGAAGGACGAGCAAUCGAUCGAAUUCGCACAUAGAUCUGCAUGAUUAUACUGAUAGUCGCACACUGUAUAUUACAGUUUUUACAUUCCUAUUAAAACCUAGAUAAAAAUCUGCAUUAUUAAAGUACUUAUCUUCUCUGAGUCUUUGCUCUGAAGGAUUUUUAUGAGCAGAGGUAAAUCGUUAGUUAUUGUUUUCCUUUUUAAAUAAUCAAUCUAAUAUAUACUGUAAAUCAGAAAUCAGAUCAUUUUAUUUCAGUAUUGGUUUUGUGUGUAAAACUUUAUGAUCCCUAAGAGACAUUUUUAAACACUGACUACUGUUUGUACAUUAAACUGUGUGGAAGGGCCUGUGACCUGUGAAAGAAUUACCAUCAUUUUGUAACAUAUAACAAGAAAGAUGAAUUAAAAUAAUAUUCUUAAAAAAUCAUUUUCAUAACUUUUUGCUUUAUUUGUAUUAACACCAAAUGUAAAAUGGAACUGUAAUAUUUGAUUUUGUUCCCAUUCGAUGUCCAUAAGACACCACAAAGAUAUUUGUACUUAUAUACGUAGCAUAUUUGGUCAUGUGGCAUCAUCUUCAUCCAUGUCAGCUUAGUAUAAUGUUUCCAAACAAUGUCACGAAUGUCUGGCCUCAGUGGCCUCCCAUAAUACAUCACAUACCACCGUUCAUCAGACAAAAACGGAGAGUAAAUCUUCCUACUCUCAGACCUCAUUGGCUUUCCAUAAUACCAUAAUAUAGUUUUAUCGUAUUUUGAGUCGUGUUUCUAAUCAUACGAUCUAAAAGUUACACACAAUUAACUGUGUGUCAUGAUACAUUAUGCUAGCCAAGUGUGAUCUGUACAAGUGUCAGUUUUUG